AAGACCCAUAAGGUUUGUGUAAGAGACUAUAGAGCUCUAGGUUUUGACCUUUGACCCGAGGCCCCUUUGACUUUGGCUAGGAAACCCCGCCCCUCCUUCUCUUUCGGUGCCGGAGUACAGGAGCGUGCACAUCGUUUCGUGUCUAUCACAGACUUAAAAAUGCGUUACGUGGCCGCUUACCUACUUGCUGUCCUUGGUGGCAAAACCAGCCCCUCAGCUGGAGAUAUUAAAAGCAUCUUAAAAAGCGUUGGCAUUGAUGCUGAUGAUGAACGUGUUAAAAAGGUGAUUGGUGAACUCAGUGGGAAAGAUCUUGACGAUGUUGUGAACUCUGGUCUUGCCAAACUGUCAUCUGUACCAUGUGGGGGUGCUGUCUCUGCAGCUCCUGCAUCUACUCCAGCCGCCGGAGGAGCUGCACCAGCAGAAAAGAAAGAAGAAGAAAAGAAGGAGGAAUCCGAAGAGUCUGAUGACGACAUGGGAUUCGGAUUAUUUGAUUAAAUCCUUUUUGAUAAAGAAUAAACAGCAACUUUCCAUCAAA